CCGCUGCCGGAGGAGGAGCAGGAGGAGGCAGCGGGAGCGAGCGAGCGGGCGGCGCGGCGCGGGGAGCCGGCGAGGGAGCGCAGCCGCGGAUCAGAGCGAGCCCGGCGCCCGGCAGCCGGCCCGGCGGGCAGGGGGCCCCCCCGGCGGGGAUGGUGCGGUCCGGCGGCCGGUGGCGCUGAGGGCGGCCGGGCCCCGCGGCGGAAGGGGCGGAGGGCGAGGCGGAGGCGGCGGCGGGCGGCGAGCGGCGGCCGGCGGCGCGGCGCGGGGGCAGGCGGCGGCCGGGAGCCGGGGCACGGGCGGCGGGCUCGCCCCGCGCCGCGCAGCAUGGUCCGGGAAACCAGGCACCUCUGGGUGGGCAACCUGCCGGAGAACGUGCGCGAGGAGAAGAUCAUCGAGCACUUCAAGCGAUAUGGACGUGUCGAAAGUGUCAAAAUCCUCCCUAAGAGGGGGUCGGAAGGCGGAGUGGCAGCGUUUGUGGAUUUUGUGGACAUUAAAAGUGCCCAGAAGGCACACAACUCUGUCAACAAAAUGGGAGAUAGAGACCUACGGACGGAUUAUAAUGAGCCAGGAACCAUUCCCAGUGCUGCGCGGGGAUUGGAUGAUACAGUUUCCAUAGCAUCUCGUAGUAGAGAGGUUUCUGGGUUCAGAGGAGGUGGUGGGGGGCCCACUUACGGCCCCCCACCAUCACUUCAUGCACGGGAAGGACGUUAUGAGCGGAGACUUGAUGGGGCUUCAGAUAACAGGGAGCGUGCUUAUGAACAUAGUGCCUAUGGACACCAUGAGCGGGGAACGGGCGGAUUUGAUCGGACGAGACAUUAUGAUCAGGAUUACUAUAGAGACCCUCGGGAGCGGACCUUACAACACGGGCUCUAUUACACUUCCCGGAGCCGAAGCCCAAACCGUUUUGACGCUCACGACCCCCGAUACGAACCUAGGGCCCGGGAGCAGUUUACAUUGCCCAGUGUGGUACACAGGGAUAUCUACAGGGACGACAUUACACGGGAGGUACGAGGCAGGAGGCCGGAGCGGAACUACCAGCACAGCCGGAGCCGCUCGCCGCACUCGUCGCAGUCCAGGACGCAGUCCCCGCAGCGCCUGGCCAGCCAGGCCGCCCGGCCCGCCCGCUCCCCCAGCGGCAGCGGCUCCCGCAGCCGCUCCUCCAGCAGCGACUCCCUCAGCAGCAGCAGCAGCACCAGCAGCGACAGGUAGG